AUGAACACAAAUAAUAAUGCCAGCAGAGAUGCUGAUAAUGAUAACAACAAAAGUCUCGGAGGUCCUGGAAUAAACAAAAGAAGUAUAUUGUUAACUACCCCUGAGGGAUCAGAAACUAAACUAAUGAAAGAUGCGAAAAAUGACGAUACCAUUAUAGAUUCACCCACUACUUCUACCUCUGAUCUUCAACCACCUCCAUCUAUCAAUAUCUCCCAUAUAGAUUCGACAGCAGAUCAAAUGGCUAACUUGAGUCCCAAGACUAGUCUUACCGUUACAGCAGAUUCACCAGUUAGUGUUACGGCUGCCAAUAUAGGUAUGACAACACCCACUACAGCUGUUCAAUUUGAUGCUGAAGAAAUUGAAAGAGGUAGAAGUCGUAUAAAGAAUUCUACAACUCAUGCAAAUGUAAAUACGAAUGCAAAUCCAAACAACAAUACGAAUAAUAAUAUGGAGAGGUCCAAUAGAAGGAUUGGGGGUUCAUUAAGUACGUCACGAUCUAGAUCAAGAUCAAGAGCUUCAAGUAGGAUUAGAGAAGAAGAGUUUUUGAAAUGGACUGUGUUAAGACAAGAUCCUUCUAUGAGAUUACAAAACUUGAAUGAAAAUAUUGCCAAAUAUAAUAAAAAGAAAAAGAAAAAUGAAUUAAAAGAACAAAAAAAUUUGAAAAAGAAAAGAAGUGAGACUGAUGAUGAACAGACUGAAGAAGAAGAAGAAGAGGAAGAAGAUGUUACAGACACUGAUAGUGAUGAAGAUGAUGAAGAUGAUGACGAAGAUGAGAGUGAUGAAGAAUCUGAUGAAGAACAAGUAAGUGACAUUGAAAAUGAUGUGGAAAUCGAUGAAGCUUUCAACUAUGACCUUGGUAUGAAAGUUUUACCCAAUUUUUGUUCCAGUAUUAAUGAUAUUUUGGACACUGCCAAGCCUUGGAUUGCUAAAUAUGAAGAGUCUAUUAAAGGUAAAGAGAAUGAAGGUGUAAACUUUACUACUUUGGACGGUGGUUAUAUUCGAGCCAUGCAAUUGCUAACGAAGGGGAAAGGUGCAAGUAUGGAUUUUGAUCCCAUGAAACCUGCUGGUCGAUGUUACAUCCUUUAUACUGAUCUAUCCAGCGAAUCCACAUAUGCAUUAACAUAUAUGAUGGGAGCUGUAUUGAAUAACGGAGACACAUUAUAUAUAGUGCAUUGGGAAUCUUCCAAAGUGGCGAAUGAGAAAUUAAUGCAAGAGAACGUAGGGAGAGUAAGGAAACAUGUGAUGCAUAUGUUUGAUUGUGUCAGUGCUGUCAUUGAUGAUCUGGAUGUGAUCAUUUUAUCAUUGACUCAUCCAUACCCAAAACAUUUAUUAAAUGAAAUGAUACAUGGUCUAAAACCAGUUUCCAUUGCAUGUUCUUUGACAAUUAUCUUAUCAACGUUACAAAAUUUUGUUUGCUCAGUUCCCACUUUAGUCAUUCGUAAGAAAUUGAAAAGAAGCUAA